CUAUAGUCUAUAAAACACUCUCUCCUUAACCUUAUAGAAACUAUCGCCAAAUUGAUUGAUGGCUCUUCCUUCGUUAUCCUCUUUCUUUUUCUUCGUCUUCAUCUUCUUCGUCUUCCCUAUCUCACACUCAAUACCCUUCAUUGUCCUUCACGGAAUUGGGGAUCAGUGUUCUAACCGUGGAGUGAAAAAAUUCACCCAGGAAUUGAGCAGCUUCUCUGGUGCUAAAGGAUAUUGCGUUGAGGUAGGCAAUGGAUUAUGGGAUUCAUGGUUUCUACCUUUGAACGAGCAGACUGAGAUUGUUUGCGAAAAGGUGAAGAAAAUGAAAGAAUUGAAGGAAGGAUACAACAUUGUUGGGCUCUCCCAGGGAAAUUUAAUCGGUCGAGGUGUUGUGGAAUUUUGUGAAGGAGGACCUCCAGUUAAAAACUUCAUCUCAUUAGCGGGCCCUCAUGCUGGUACUGCUUCAGUUCCCUUAUGUGGUGUGAGUAUCUUUUGCAUGAUUGCAGACACCCUCAUCAAGGGAGAGGUUUACAGUGGUUAUAUUCAAGAACACUUAGCUCCUAGUGGAUAUCUUAAAUUACCGAAUGCCAUACCUAAUUAUUUGGAGAAGUGUAGGUUUCUCCCAGUGCUUAACAAUGAAAUACCAGAUCAGAGAAAUUCCACUUACAAGGAAAGAUUUAGUAGCUUGCAAAAAUUGGUACUUAUCAUGUUUGAGCACGACACUGUUUUAAUACCAAAGGAAACUUCCUGGUUUGGAUAUUACCCAGAUGGCUUCUUCGAGCCAGUUUUACCACCGCAAGAGACAGAACUUUACAUUGAAGACUGGAUUGGCUUAAGAACCCUGGAUGAAGCUGGCAAGGUUCACUUCAUUAGUGUUCCAGGAAAACAUCUAGGAAUCUCCGAGAAGGAUAUGAAGGAACAUGUAGUGCCUUACUUGAAGGAUCAGGCAUCAACAGAAGAUAGCACCAAUAAUACUGGCUUCUGGAGGAUGCGAGGAGUUAAUCAGAGAGCUAUUCAAAGCAACACGAUGGAGCAAUCUCAAACGGUGGAGGAAGAACCAUCAGCCUCAGCAUUAUUCGAUGGGUCAUUCUCAUAUUGGUGGCCUACAUCAGUCAAGGCUUUCCUUGGUGAAUUGAUUGGCAUUAACGAAGAGGAGUCUUCAAAGAAGUCAUCACGUUAUACACGACUGUUUUAACAGUAACUAAUAAAUUGUUGAAGAACGUGUUUUUGGACUGAUCAAAAGAGUUAUUUGCAUCAAAUUACUUGAUACAUACAACAUAUAAGAGUGUAGAACAUCUUGACAUUGGUUCAACUGAUAAAAGAUCAAAACACGUAGUUUGAUAGGUUUAGGUUCGAUUCCCACUACCAGCAAUAUCCUCUAAUCUGCUUUGCACACAGAACUUUACAUUAAGGACUGAAUUGGCUUAAGAACCCUGGAUGAAAUUGGCAUAGUCCACUUCAUUAGUGUUCUUGGUAACAAUUAGCACCAAUAAGGCUAGCUUCUUGAGGAAGCCAGGUGUUACUCAGAGAGUUACUCUAAACAUAAUGGCGCAAGCUGUGUCUCAAGCGGAGGAGGAAAAACCAUUGGCUACACAGCAUUACUCCAUGGAUUAUUGUCUUAUUGGUGACCUACCUCAUUCAAGGCUUUAAUUGGCCUUACGGAGGAGGAAUAUACUCUAAUCACGUUAUACCUUAUUGUGAAACAAGAUCUAAUCAAUCAUGGGAAAGUGUGAUUUGACGUAUCAAAAUAAUUGUCUGCAUCAUACACAAAAAUGUAAUACAUUGUCCAUGGGG